CUUUGUUCCGAGGCUUCCAUCCCCGACUACAUCCGGUCUCUGCAGCUGGUCGGCCACCAUAUUGGGGUUGCUCGCCGCCCGUCAGGCCUCGGCGCCACUUCUCCUUGCGGCCGCCCGACGAGGCGACUGCCCGGGGCAGGAUCCCGCUCCGAUUGGCCAGCCUUCCACCCCGGAUUAGGCGGAGGAGAUAGCGAACGACGGGGCUGAAUUCAUCUGGAGGCCUUAGCAGCAAGUGAGAUCAUGGAGGAAAAUGGUGAAGAUGUGGCUUCCCUGGCGGCCUACAUUUCAACAGAUGGCAGCUACACAGAGACCGUGCCCAUGCCGAAUCACGGCACACUGACGGCUUCCUCGCAGGGCUCUUCCUCUGCCACUAAAUCAAGGCGCCAGCCUGUUUGGACUGACGAGGAGACCCGGGCCUUCAUCCAGGUGUGGGGUGAUGACGCGGUGCAGAGUGCCCUGGCAUCAAACUAUCGCACAGUUGCACAGUUCCAGUGGAUAGCGGAUGAAAUGCGAGCCCGGGGUUACAACAGGGAUUGGGAGCAAUGCCGCGAACGUGCAAAGGUCCUUCGACGGGGCUUCAAAGAGAUAGUGGAUGGGAACAGCAACGUGGGCCACGGACGCCGCGUGUGGCCUUAUUUCGAAGAACUUAAUCGAUUUCUUUGCAUCAAGCAAAAUCUGGUCGUUCCACGGCUUUCAGGGAGCAACCCGAGGCCUCCUGUGGACCGCCGGCGCCGCGAGCACAGAGAAGCGCAAGAUGCCCCCUAUGAGCCAUCCCCAGUAGGCAAGAGCGACAAAGGGACUUUUGAAGAGCCAGACGGGGACUGUCUGUUGUUGCCCGAACCAGCAGGAUCUCAGCAGUGCGAAGCCAACAUGGAAAACCAAGUGGCGUCUCCAGCAAAUUCUGAUAUUUCCAUGGAUGGUAGUGUUGGUCCUGGCACUCCCACCGAUCCUUUGCCAUCCAAUGACUCAGUUACUGCGCCAAAUCUGCGCCCUCGGCCCCUGACCGCUGCAGAGAGGAUGCGUAAUCUUCGUUGCCGGCAAAGAAAGAGAAGGGGAGAUACUUUGAAAGAGCUAAUGGAAGUCACCUCCCAGGCUACCAGUGAACUAGUCCGGACACUGUCCGACCUCACCCAUAAAGAGGUGGCUUCUUUUGAGCGUGCUUAUAAGGAGGACCUGGCGGCCAGGAAGGACGAGAUGGAGCAGAGCGCUGAGGACAUUGGAAGGCUUGUGAGCGCUUUGGAAUCAAGCGAUCAAACUCUGAAGGAGCAGCUAAGCAGCCAGACCAGCGUACUGCAGGGCAUCUUGGAGGUCAUGAAAGACAUUCGGGGCAGAACAUCAUACAGUCCUCCGUAUCCAUCACAGUAUUACGAUUUCCCAGGCCCUAGCAUGAUUCACACAAGUGGUACUUCCUCAAAUGGCCAAGAGAUGCCAUGCUCCUCCCCUUCCAGCCUUCCAUUUCCUUCCCAGCAGUCUGCCACAAGCAACGGAGAUGUCUCUCCUCGGAAGCGGAUGAAAUGAAGCCAACAGGCGGAACGGCACUGAUGAUUUAGCAUCCUGGUGGAAACCAACUCUCCAAUUCUUUGUUCCUGUUAGGACACAUAUAUUGCUUUCCUUACUGCCUUCUUGCAUAGUUAAAACAUGUUCUCAUCCCCUUACGUGUGUCUCCCCACAAUGUUAAUGUUGGGGAAACAGCCGCCAGCAAAUGUACAUCUAGAUUUAUUAUUACUUUUUUUUAGCGUACCUAUGUUAGUUUUCCUUCCAUCUUGUUUCCAAAGGAAUGCAGUGUUUGAUGUACAAGUAUAAUUUUUUUU